AUGGCAUCCGAGAACGAAACUCUGGUCAAGAAAGGCAAAUCCGGCACAUGGGAUAACAUCGAUGUGUUCCGCGAGUUGUCGAUUGUUUUCUACAAUCGUCUCGAUAGCGGUGGCGGCCUUACUCCCGAGUUCAAGGCGUCUGUUGCUGCCUACCUCGGUGGGUGCGGCCAUGAUAUGUCUCGUGUCCUGACCAAGUGGGACGAGAAGACUCAUGAGGACAUCCUCAUCGAGGUCUUCCAUUCGAUCACAAUCUCUCAGUCUGAUCUCACAAAGAUCAUGGAAGGUCUUCACUCCAAGGGCCAUACCUUUUCCGAGUCUGCACUACGGUAA